AUGUGUGCCUUUUACGACAGCUUCGGCCCUUGGGGAGUUUGGAGCUCCGUGCUCCUCGAUCGGCACGUGCCCAUCUCCGCGCCGGGGCUCGUCGGCGUCUGGCUGCGUGGCCUACAAACCGGCAAGUUCUGGGUCAUGCUCGGUGCAGCAGGGCCAGAACGUCCAGAGGACCUGUUCGGCAACAACCGCAUUCCCAAAGCCUCCUGCGAUGACUGCGGCAACGUAGACCCGGACAGGCCAUCGGAUGCCUUCUCCGGCGCCGCAGAUUUCUGGGAGCUUUGGACCCCCUCUGGGCAAGGCCGGCCGCUGGUCAUGGACUGCGCAGGCGCGCCGUCGAGGGAGAGCUACUGCAGCUCAGAAGGAACUACCACCAUAACUGCAACGUGGACGACGACAAGCGCCGCCCAGGUUGCAACAAGUCCAGCAAACACCACGCCACCGCUCGGGCCAACAAGUUCCACGGCAACCUCUGCAACUUCCGCGACCACCACUCCCACUACUACCACCGCUGCCAGCACAUCCGGUGCUGCAACUGGACCAGGCUUCUCGACCACGUCCACCACGAGCAUUGCCUCUAGCGUCGAGGCACCGACCACUCUCCCGAGCUGGAUGUCCGAGAUGCCCAUGGGCUGCGGGCCCAAGGUGUGCCCCUUCCGCACCUCCAUGGAGGCUGUCGUGAAGCAGAUGCACCACCGGAUGGCAAUCGAGUUCACAUGCGAUGCUGAUGUCGAUUUCGUCCGCGGCAUGCUCCCACAUCAUGAGGGAGCUGUGGCGAUGUGCGCAGCUUUGGAUGAGUCGCACGGCUGGCUCCAGGUCGGGCUUGUCCACUUCUGCUAUCACGUCGCUUUGGAGCAGAGAUGGGAGGUUCAAGGAAUGCAAGAGUGGCUGGAUGCAAAGAACCUCACAGCUGGCAAGGCCUGCACCGAAGGCUUUGGAUGCGGAGACCUCGCGUGUGUGUCCUCUCAGGCAUAUUUGGCUGCAAACCGCCGCAUGCAAGAGGCCAUGACUAUCAACUACAGCUGCCAUACCGAGGAGGACUUCGUGCAGGCUAUGCUUCCGCACCAUCAGGGGGCGGUCGAGAUGUGCGCUGUUCUUCUGGAAAGUUCGUCGCAGGACAUGUACUUACGAGACUUGUGUGCCAACAUCACCAGGCUGCAGACAGCGGAAAUGUCGUGGAUGAAGGAUUGGCUAACGUUCAAGGGGCUCUCUCCGGCGCAGUGCAACGGUGACUCCGAUUCCGCGGCUCCUUGUGCGGAUAUGAUGCCCAUCACUGACAUUUGCCAUGACUUGGGCGGAGAUCGGCUUUGCGAUUGCUCUGAGCUCACGGACUCGUGCAGCAGCAUCGCCCUGGCUGGCGGCAGGCGCUUUGCAGUCAGCACUGUUUGCCGCGAGACAUGCGGCCUCUGCACGGCGAAGACUGCUGCUGACAUCGUGGUGGAGCUCUUGCAGUUGGGAUCUGUACCAGACAGUGCUGCCAGCCCGUCCACAAGUGUCUCCAGCAAUACGACCACUUCUACCCCGAUGCCGGCCUCGAGGCCGACGAAGGGUGUCGUGGCUUCGUCAGGCCACUUUCCAGUUCCCCUUCUUUGGGUUGCAAUGCUAUGGGUCUUGAGCUGA